CACAAAUUCGACACGAUAAGAACUUCAAUCGGAGGCUCAUCUUGACCAAUGAAGCUGAACGGUGACAGUCCAUCAUUGUUUCCUCACACCGGAACUCUGGCUCGGGUUGGUCACCUUCUCCAUUGAAUAAGAACAGGAAGUCGGUGUUGUCAAGUUAUGGCCUUGCGGUGCAUUAUAGGUGCAAGUACCGCACGAAGGUCUCUAGUCCCUCUUCAAGAAGUGAACUUGAUCUCGUGAAAUACCGCUUGCCACACCAAAAAACGGACGAAUUGUGAAAGAAUAUACCAAAAAGGUGUAGUGACACGCUUUGCAAAUACACUAAUAAGAAACCGCAUGUAGUCAUGAAUACCGUUUUUUCGAUCUAAAGAUGUCCACUCCAAUGCAACAUGAACUUGAAAGUCUAGCUAUCAGUGACGUCUUCGUGCCUGGCUUGGGUUUCAAUGGAGGUGUUUUCAGGAAGCUUUUCCCUCUAGCUGCUGCACACCGUCUCCGCAUAGUCAGUCUAUACAGACGUGAUUAUAAUCCCACUACCAGCUUCCUUGAUGCAGACUUGGCUGGUCUUGUGUCCCGUACAGUGGAGGGACAGGAAAGCUUCCUUCGCACCCAAGCCGUCGAUAUCGCUACUUUCCUUGUCAAUUUUGCCCGCAAGCAACAUAUUCCCCUGGCGGAGGGUACCGGCGGUGGAAUUGCCUUGGUGGGGUGGUCUUUGGGAUCAUUGCACGCGCAUGCUGUUGUGGCCCAUCUUGAUGCCUUGCCACCUAGUGUUCUGUCUGACCUUGAACAAUAUCUUCAUACUGUAGUUUGUCACGAUAUAAGUGGAGUUUUCAUUGGUAUACCGAAGCCUCCAGGCUUCAAUGUGGAACUUUGGUCCGAGACCGAUGUCGAGAAGAGGUUCAAGCUUUUCCAUGAAUGGGUGGCAGGACACUUCCCACACAAGAAUAUCACCUCAGGAAGCAUUGAUGACCUCGAGUUGUACAAAUCCCCAGACAAAACUUACUCCAUGAACGAGCUGUCUCCUCAAGAGUUCGCAGCGUUCACAUCUACCAAGGCUUUUGGUACUUCCGAUGCACUCAUCGUCUCUAUUCAAGCAGACGUAUUCAAGGCCACGACACGACGUGCAUUCUUCGACACAACCUUGGCGGAGAAGUUCAUGCCCAACCUACGUGUCAGGUACAUGUGUGGUGGGGCGAGUCCUGGUGUUAUUGUCUGGGCAUUGCAUGAAUUUAGGAAGUGUUUGGUUGACCCCAAGCCAAUUUAUGGGCCUGGUGCCGAAAAGGCACGAGAUGUAAAGUUCAAAUUCCAGACGGAGGGGAACCACUUCAUUUUUUGGGAUGAACCAGAGGUUGCCGUCGAACAAUACAUAGCUACCAUCAACCUUUAGAAAUAGUGGUUCCAGUUAAUGGUCAAUUAUUCUUGACAUGCGGUGUAUA